GUUGAUCUUCUCAUUUAUUGAUAUAUUAUCACACACCAUUAGAUCUAAAAUCCCAAUUAAAACCCUCCAAAAUUCUGAGCUACAUCUCACAAUUUCAUUUUCAGAGAUAAUCUUUAAAAAAAUAAAGAAAAAAGAGUGAUUAGCAAAAGUAACACUUCAAUAGGCUAAAAGCUAAUAUUUUAUGCUAAAAGCAAAAAAAAAAGGAGCGUUUUAAAGUUUAUUGUAGUUUGAUUCUUUGAAGAAUACAAAGAAAGAGGGGGCAAUGGUAGCCGUUUACAACAAAGAGCUGUUGAGUUGGUAUCUGAUAACUUUAAAGCUGAGAGAAAAACUUCAAAACGCUGAUACAUCAGACCAACCUGACCACCACCACCACCACCACCAGUCAAAUCUUCAAAUUCCGUCGGAGCCGCUUCAAGUGGUGGUCAACGGGGAGGUCAAAAGGCAAGAAGACUUACAAAUCCAAUCACCAGCAAACCCACAAGAAUCCGAAUGGAUAAUCGCAAUCAAAGAGAAACUCGAACAAGCCAGCAACGACGACGUUGCAGGAUCAUGGUCCAAAAUCUGCAUUUACAGAAUCCCACAUUUUCUGAGGGACGAUCAAGGUUUAGGAGACGACAAAGCAUACAUCCCACAAGUGGUUUCCAUUGGCCCUUACCACCGCCUCAAACGGCGGCUCCACCCUAUGGAACGCCACAAAUGGCGGGCCUUACACUACAUGCUGAAACGGAAAAGACAGAGCAUAAAACUCUACAUCGAAGCAAUGCAGGAGUUAGAAGACAGAGUUCGAGCUUGUUAUGAAGGACCAUUGACUUUAACAAGCAAUGAAUUUGUUGAGAUGCUUGUUCUUGAUGGUUGUUUUAUUCUGGAGUUUUUUAGGGGGUAUACUGAAGGGUUUGAGAAUCUGGGUUAUGAGAGGAAUGAUCCUAUUUUUGCUAUGAGGGGGAUGAUGUAUUCUAUAAGAAGGGAUAUGAUGAUGAUUGAGAAUCAAAUCCCUCUUUUUGUGUUGGAUAAGCUGAUUUUGCUUCAAUUGGGGGAUGUUAAUCAGAAGAGUAUUGUUGCGGAAUUGGCGAUUAUAUUUUUUGAUCCGUUGUCGCCUAUUGAUGAGCCGUUAACUGCUAGGCAAAUUACUAAGAUGAAAUCGUCUCUGCACCCGAAAUCAGUUGCUUUUCACCCGCUGUCAGACCAGGUUGGCUUGCAUUGCCUCGACGUGUUCCGUCGGAGCCUACUCAGGAAAGGACCCGAGGCAGUUCCCAGACAUUGGUUCAGGAAAUGGUCAAGACGAAACCUAGUCGCCGACCACCGGCGGACUCAGCUCAUCCACUGCGUCACAGACCUCAAAGAGUCCGGAAUCAAGUUCAAGAAGCGUAAAACAGACCGUUUCUGGGACAUCAAGUUCAAAAACGGAGUCUUCCACAUCCCCAGGCUCCUAGUCCACGACGGGACAAAAUCCUUGUUCCUAAACCUCGUGGCCUUCGAGCAAAGCCAUCUAGACUGUACGAACGACAUAACGGCUUACGUGGUGUUCAUGGAUAACUUGAUCGACUCAGCACAAGACGUGAAUUACCUUCAUUACUGCGGGAUACUUGAGCAUUGGUUAGGGAAUGAUGCUGAAGUUGCAGACAUGUUUAAUCAUCUUUGUCAAGAAGUGGUUUUUGAUAUCAAUGAUAGUUAUCUUUCAAAGGUUUCUGAAGAGGUGAACUCGUAUUAUGAUCAUAGGUGGAAUGCUUGGCGUGCAAGUUUAAAGCAUAAGUAUUUUUAUAACCCUUGGGCUGUUAUUUCUUUCUUGGCUGCUGUUUUCUUGUUGCUGCUUACUGCAGGACAGACUUUUUAUUCUGUCUUUAGCUAUUACAAGCCCCCCAAUUUGUAGAUUGUUAAAUUUGUAUUUUUUUUCACCCAUUAAAUUGAAAGCAAUAAAAGAGAUUUCCUGGGUUAAGAUUA